UUAGAAUAUAAUAAAUUUUGUUAUUAAUACAGAGAUUCAAACUUAUAAUUUUCCCUCCUUUGAGCGACCAUUUUUAUUAACAAUAACUGUUAUAUUUUUUUUAAUUACUUAUAUUGUCAACCAGUCGACCAUAAAAAAAGAAGAUACAACAUGAUACUGAUGACAAUACAAAAUGACAUUGAAAACUUUCUCUUUAUAUAUAAAUAUACGUACUAGUUUUAUAAUUACAUAAUAAUUUUUAUUUCUUUUGUUCUUAGAAAAAUGAAUGACAUGGAGGUUUAUAUUACUUGCCCAUACAACAAAUGUCAUCGUAUUAGAAAAUCUAGAUUUCAAAUUCAUAUAACAAAAUGUGCCAAAAAUUACCAGAAAGAUGACAAGCUUGCUUGUAAAUACGAUAGGACACACAUAUUAGACUCGGAACAGUAUGAGCACCAUUUGACAAUAUGUCCAUCGAGUGGAGACGUAAAAAGUAAAGAAAUCACAUUAGAAUCAGAUGAAGACGUUCCGAGAAUUCUAGUGGAGAGAGUACCUAACACGAGAACUCGUACAAUGGAUGAAGACUGGACUGGAAAUAAUCGAUCAUAUAAUCCACUAGCUGCAACAGAAAAUAGAGAUGUAAUUAGAGGGGCGAUUGCUAUGUCAAAAUCACAGAAGAAACAGUUUAAACAGUAUGAAAGAGAGAGAAUGUCUCUUCUUCAAAGGACUAACAGCGACUCUAGCAGCAACACUAGCAGCAACACGAGCACCGCAAGAAAGAAAGUAGACAUUGAACAGCCAUUGCAGCCACCUAAACAACUUUCUAAAGCAAUGUUAUGCGAUGGAAAUUUUGCUAGUAAUCUUAUUUCCAAGUUAGACAAAUUGAAAAUAGAGGAAAGCGACGGGAAGAAGGGAACAAAGAGUAUUUCAUCGAAGAAAGAAGAUGUUUCCAUUAUAAGUAAUAAUAGCAGCAACAUAGCAGAUUCUACAAAAAAUUGCUUGAAAAAUAAUACUAUCGAUACAAGUACUGAUAUAGGUAUCACUUCUUCAACUAUAAAUAAUAGCUUUAGUCAAAAAGGAAAAGAAAAUAUUCCUAAUGAAGAAAACAAUGCUGUUGCGUUAUUCAAAGAUAUUUUUGAGGCUGAUAAAGGUGUUUCAGAUGUAGGAAGUGAUCUUAACAUAAAUGUAAUUUCUCAAGGAAAUAAUCCUGAAGCACAAGGAAACGAUAAAAAGGAUAAUAUUAAAAAAAAUAAUUCUCAACCAAAGUCAAGUAAACAAGGUAGCUCUAACUCUCAGAAUAUUAUUCCGUGCAAUACAAAAAUAGCAGCAAAACUUUAUGGGGAGGCAAAAAAGAUUAGUACUGGGAGAGGAUUCACUAGAAUUUAUCAGCAUUUGAACUCUAAUAUGAAAAUGGAAAAAGAAGGAGAAGGGAAGAAAAUGACACAAGAUUUGGUUUCUGACUACGGUUAUGACAAAGAAUAGGAAAUACUUUAAUAAUGUGCUUAAUUUCGUUAUUUCGUUCUUAACGUAUUACCUUAUGAAAUUCUUUUUUCUUUUUAUGAUGUUACUAUAUGAAGCAAUUCCUUUUCCUUCUUAAAAUAUUUGAUAUGAUUUUUAAGAAUUAACGAUGAAACUAUAUGUAUAGUUUCCAUAAAGUUCCUUUUUCUUUAGUAAUCGUAAAAUGUCGGUAUUUCAUUUUCCUCUUCUUUUUUUAUUAUUAUUAUUAGAUUCCUUUUAAAACUUAAUAAGACCUUCGAAAACCAUGAUAAUUAAAACGAUUACGAAUAUCGAUUGGAAAAUUAUAGUAUUGUGCAAAUUAAAUAUAUGUACAAAUGAUGUAUUUUUAUAAUACAAUUGGCAAUUCGACUUUUAAUAGUGACAAAAUAUUAUUCGCUGGAAAAGUACUGAUGAUAAUUGAGUUUAUAUAUUUUUUUAAAUUAAAUAUAUUUUUAAGCAACAGCAA